AUGGCUGAUGAUUCCCAGGUGGCGUUGGUGUCAUGCGUGUCGGUCUCAUGUCUAUCGAUGGCCAAGAAAGUGAGAUGGGAACUGGUGUACGACCCAAUGSCGARCGACGAGUUCGAUCGGUUCACCGCCGCCGACCACCACGCCACCGUCAACCUAAUACAGCAGCGGGACGAGCAACAGCGACAGCGGGACGAGCAACAGCGACAGCGGGACGAGCGACAGCAAUGGCGGUACCAGGACGAGCAGCAGCAACGGCACCACCACCACCACCACCGGCAACAGCAACAGAAGCGGGACGAAUGGCAGCAGCGCCGCGGCGGCAAUAGCGAUCCUCGGUACGUCGCGUCCGAGGUUUGCAAUUGCACAGAAAUUCCAAAGAUCUACAACCUGACCCAAAACCACUAUCCCAAGGAACUCAUGUCGGUCACGUGCAUCGGAAACUGGUGCAAGACGGCCUCAUACCACGUGCCGGUGUUGUUAAAAUCGAACACGCAACAGAGCGAAAACCAAGACGACUUGCCGGACGAGCUACAGCAGAACGUCAAUCACUGGAAGUUCGACUCCGUAAGAAUCCCGGUCGCCUGCUACUGUUCUAUUAAAUAAACGAUAUUUUUUUUCCGCCUUUGACCUAUAUAUUAUACCUACAUUUUAAUAUACCAAGACGCAUAACACGACAUUUUCACCGUUUAGUUUUAUCCUGCAUC